AUGGAAAGAAACGCGCACCUGAUUGAUCUCGAGCUUGUUGAUCGCGGGGGAAGCUCACCGCCCGAGCCGUGGCCAAACGAACCAAACAUGACCGCAUCCCGCUCUAUCUACUACUACUCCGUCAUUUACGAACGCUUCAUUUGCCUGGACUUGAAUUCACCUACAAAAAUGGAGCCAUCUACAGUCUCGCAGAAGUCAUCCGACUCUGGCCUCCAUAUCCAGCUUCACCCGCUUGUUCUCCUCACUAUCUCCGACCAGAUUACUCGGCAUGCCGCCCGGCAGCAGCGAGGUCCAAUCAUUGGUGGUCUUCUCGGACAGCAGAAUGGUCGUGAGAUCACACUAGAGCAUGCAUUCGAAUGCCCCGUUACCUGCGGGCUCAACAAUGAAACCAUUCUACCGGCAUCAUGGUUCGAAGAGCGCCUACAGCAAUUCAAGGAUGUGCACAAAGACCCAGCUCUCGACCUGGUCGGAUGGUGGUCAACGUCACCAGCCACCGGUCCAACUGCCGCUCAGCUCCCUCUCCACCGACAGAUCCUCCAGGACUACAAUGAAUCCGCCGUCUUCCUUACCUUCCACCCUACCGAGGUCCAAGGCGCCAAUUCGAAUGGAGGCAAGCUUCCUCUAACCGUCUACGAGAGUGUCCACGAGGGCGAGAAUACGCAAGAUGCCAGCAAGGACAUGCAAGUUGAUGGCGAGGAGCCAGUGCUGAACAUUAAAUUCCGGGAAUUGCCAUACUCAGUGGAGACUGGGGAAUCCGAAAUGAUUGGCAUCGAUACUAUUGUGCAAGGCUCCACGACUGCCUCUAUGAAUGUCCUCCCAACCCAAGAAUCGAGCAAACAGGCGCAGCAGACAGAGUCCGACGGCAAGAAACCAAGCUCGCAGGUUGAGCUCACACAGGAGGAAGAAGAGUUAAUCUCAAGCCUGACGACUCGUCUCAACGCAGUCCGCACCCUUGAAACCCGCAUCUCCCUCAUCAAAUCAUAUAUCUCGACUCUCUCAGAAUCAGACUUUGUCUUAGACGAGUCAAAAGAAAGCACAUCCGCCACCAAACUGUCGCACCCAAUCCUACGCCACAUUAACUCCGUCCUCUCAAACCUCUCCCUCCUCACCCCAGCAGAAGAAAGCACCUUCGCCGCCGAAGUCCUCUCGCAGAGCAACGACGUGCUUCUAGUCUCGCUCUUAGGCCAACUAGGCGAAAAUGUCAAAGCCCUACGCGAACUAGGCCGCAAGACUGCAAUCGUCCAGGGUGCACGACAGGUAUCCUCGGCACGCAAGAAUCCCUUGAUCCAGCGAGGCUUCACCGACCAGCUCUUUGUCCCUGGUUCCAACCAGGGAAUUGCGGAUAAUGAGAUGUACUCGUGA